GCGGCGCUUCAGGUGAUUUUCCGGCUGGUUCCGUGCUGUCACUUCAGUAAACGGAGCAGGAGACAAAUGGCCAAAGUAGAGCUGACACCGCUCAGACCGUGGGACGACUUCUUCCCCAGCUCGGAAAGAUUUGCUAAACCAGAUGUGAAAGAUUUGGCGAAAUGGAACAACAGAGUUGUCAGCAACCUGCUUUAUUAUCAGACAAAUUAUCUGGCUUUAGCCGUCGUUGUUUUCCUCAUUGUCGGGUUCCUGAACCCUCUGGGGAUGUUCACAGCCAUGGCCGUGGUGUCAGGCGUCUUCCUGGGUUCAGUGUGGGCCGGAGAGAACAGAGCUGUGAUCAACAACUUUAAGAGGCAGAAUCCCACAGCGUUUGUGAUCGCCAUCAUGGUCGCCAGCUACAUUGUAAUUUCUAUGCUGGGGAGUGUCAUGGUGUUCAUGUCGGCAAUCACUUUACCUCUGGCUUUGAUAUUUGCACAUGCCUCGUUUCGCCUCCGCAACAUGAAGAAUAAACUGGAGAACAAGAUCGAAGGUGCUGGACUGAAGAGGUCACCGAUGGGCAUUUUGCUGGAGGCUCUGGGUCAGCAAGAAGAAAACUUUCAAAAGAUCCAGAGCUUUCUGGAGGGAAAACUGAAGGAGUGAUUGCACUUGGAUUGGACACACAUGUCCAUCUUUUGGCCAAAGAUCUUGACUUUUUUCUUAGACAUAACAGUUUUCUGUAUCUCCGAGUCUAAACCUCUUAACAUUUGUUUCAUAUACAGUGUGUUUACCCGUGUGUGUAUUGAAAAGGUUUGUUAUCUGAAGGGGUUUAUCUUUACCUCAGGGUUAUCUGUCACUCCACCAAGAACUUGUUGGGGCACUUUUCUCAAACACCAAUGAGGGCAUCUCAAGAGCUGCCUCACAUCUCUGCUAUGCAAUGUAUCAGUGUUCCACACAGCUGCAGACUCCUUCAGUCUUUGGUACGAAAUCUGUGUUUAAUCAGUCUCAGAAACGACCGUCAGUCCUGCCAGUUUACGCUCAGCUAAAAUUGUGAAAGCAAUGUGUUGCCUUUUAACAAAGAAUAAAAAGUGCACACUCAACACAUGCUGCUGCCAAGAUACUCCAAAGGCUGGAUUGUGUCCUCACAUAAAAUGUAACAGUCUACUGAAGUACACGUUUGAAUAGAAACCAACCAACCUUAUGUUCAUGCAAAUAAAUAGAGCCAGACAAAAGAGAAAACUUUGUCUCCAACUAUGAAAUAUCUUUGAUUCCAAACACUGAGUCAGAUCAGUGUCAAUAUUUAAAGUGAGGACUUCAAAGGAGUGCGAGGUCUUGACCCGUGCCCAUCAGUAUUCCUCCUGCACCUCUGGCUGUUUAAUCUUGACAAUGCCCCCUGGGUGAUGGAUUGGUUAACUUUGCUCUCCUCUUCACUUACGCCAAUGCUAAUCAAUGGGCUGCAGUAGAUUAUAGUGCGGAGAGCUGAGCGCUGCACAGCGCUGAAGUGGAUUCAUCUGCAGUCAUUCACCUCCAAAUCCGAGUUAGAUGCUGUGUCAGCUACUUUGGAUGUUUUUUGUUUUUUUUGUUUUUUUUUAUUUGAUUCCAUUUGAAAUUGACUGCAGAUAGCAAGAAUCAAUCUGGAAUGUAAUGCUCUGUUAUGUGGUUUUAAGUGGCAGUGUGUAAGUAGGGAGGGGGGAGGGCAUGAAGAUAAGAAUGAUGGCCAUUAAAAAGGGCAAUCACUUCAAGUAUUCAUGUUAACCCUUUGAUUUCAGCAUUACUAAAAUCCAUUCUUUAGCAUUUGGCGAAGCAUAUUUCCUCUGUAAGGAAUGUGUGUUAUUUUUGAAACGGGCCCUACUGCUGACCUCUGCACACUCAGGUGUAACACUAUUCCAGUGGCUCUCCAGUUUAACUUUGACUCGAGCUGCAGUAGUGAUUUAUGUCCUCUCCCGCUGUGCCUCAUCUUCAUCUAUAUUGUGAAACUUGGGGAAGUGAACACAAGCACCGAUAGCAAUAAACUCAAGUACAGUCAUGUCUGCAAGGCGAGGGCACAGGCGAGGUCCUUGUUCUUGCUGCUGCAGCUGCUGUAAGGAACCUCACCAACACGUGUGCUGCUGCUGCUCACCCAACAGGUGUGUGUCUUUGGUGUUUUCUCCUCAACAGACAUGUAAUCCAGGAGAGGAAGCGCUGCUACACAAGUACAAAACAACACUUAUCCUUUCUUGGUGUUUUUGAGUGAAUCAGGAGCACUUGACUAACUUGUCAUUUUGAAACAACCAUAAUUGUGUCCAAAGGUAGUCUUCAGUGAGGCAACAGAAGUCAGUGGAUGUGACAUGAAAACAAACCUGUGUACUGUUUUGGCUGCAGAUGCUGAGUAACAACACUGUCCUCCUUGUGCAAGCUUUUGAUUUGCAACAUCUGCCUGUCGUUUAGUUUUCACAAUACAAAGUCAUGUGACAGGGAAUAAUGUAGCAUCAUACAGCACUUAAUUUUGUUGGGACAGACACACUUUGAUAGCACGCUGCCUUCAGGUUGACCCUCCCAUCACCACCCCUUCCCCUCAGCUCGCCUGAGAGGCUUUGGCUUUUGGCCGGCUAAGCUGGUUAGCCAGCCUCAUAACUCAAACAGACUGUCAUUCAGCAGAUCCGGCUGCUAGGACCUACACUACAGCUGAUCAUGUGACACGUUAGUGAUGACCCGCCGUGACCUUUGCAGUCUGCCGUAUUCUCAUGUGAGCUUCCCAUACACCCACACUGCUUUUUUCUGCCUCCUUGAUGGAAGGUCAUCCAUACUAGCUGAUGAAGGAGGCCUCAGUGUACGUGCGCGGUCAGCUAAUCCAACUAUUCACCCUUCAUAACUCAUCAGAGCCAUUACUCUCUGGAUCAAGGUACAAUGUGCUGAUCUUGGGGAUGAUUUACACUCACUUUAAUCUGAGUUUGACUUAACUAUAUGGCCAAGUUUAGUUGAUCAUUUGUCACACCUAUUGUAUGAGCUCAAAGAUUGGGUAUCUUUUUAAAAAUUUUCCACAAAAUAAAGUAUCUAUCUAUCUACAAGCA